GAAGCUUUUCAACGUCAGCGCGGUUUUAAGUGAAACACACAACAGUUAUUGUAAAACAUUAGCUUGUUGGUUUUAUCUUCAGUUCAUUUUUUUUAUGGUUUUACUCGACAGAGGAAACUGAACCCAGGUUAUCUAGUUUCAGUCUCCUCCUCCUCCUCCUCCUCUGAGGGAAACCCAUCAGGAAAUACCAACUGUAGAGAAGAACGUCAUUUCCUGGACAGCUUCUGCCUGAAUCCAUUGAGCCUGGAGUGAUUUGGAUUCCUGGAUGGAGCUACUCACUCCACACUGUAGAUGUCUCCAGAACCUAUUUACAGGAUUUCACAGCUGCCGUGUUCCUGAACCACAGAAGAAAGAAACCAGGAAAUGUUGCAGAAGGAGCAGAUGUAGCAGCAGCAAGCAGGAUUCCUUCAGUGUGGCAGAAAAGCAGCAGGAUUCUGGUGAAUCAGGAUGGAGAAGGUGAUCAGCUGCUUUGGGAGGAGGCCAGAAGCUCUGACCAGGCUCAUCUGCUUCCCCUGGGCAGGUGGAGGCUCCAUCCACUACGCCCGCUGGGGAAACGUCCUGAACAGCUCCAUGGAAGUGUUUGCGGUGAAACUCCCGGGCAGAGAGAGUCGAGCCAGAGAGCCGUUCUUUGAGAACAUGCAGCAGAUCGUGGAUGAGAUCCUCGCUGCUCUGCUGCCGCUGCUGAAAGAGAAACCAUUUGCUCUGUUUGGCCACAGUUUUGGAGCCUUCACAAGCUUUGCUGUUGCAGAGGAUCUGAAGAAACUUCACAACCUGGAGCCAGUUCACAUGUUUCUGUCUGGAGCUUCUGCUCCAUAUUCUGAGAUCCGCAUUAAAGCUCCAAAAAGAAGCGAGUUACCGGAUGACGAGUUCCUCCAGUGGUUAACGUCUAUCGGAGGAACUCCUCAGGAGCUGCUGGCAAACCCUGAAGUUCUGCAGCUCUUCUUGCCGGCCCUGAAGGCCGACCUGCACGUCGUGGAGAACUACAGGUGUUCGAAACCUGACGUUGCAUUUCUUGGCUGUCCCGUUACAUGUUUUGAUGGGAAGCAGGACAUUCCUCACGACUUACAGGUUGUGUUUCUAACAGCCUGGAGGAACAUCACGUCAGGAGAUUUCACCAUCAGGAUGUUUGACGGCUCUCACUUCUACCUGAAGGAUGCGGGGAAUGAAAAGAUCCUAUUAGACUACAUCACAAAGAUCUUGGAGACAGCAGAAAUUGAUUAUUUAUGAUUAAAAUGAUAAAAUGAAUCAUA